AUGGACGCCACAUCGUUAAUGUCAUCGUCGUCCCGAAACGAGCCUCCCCCGGGCUGGGUUCAGCUGGGUCUGCUGGGCUGUGGUCAGCACGAGGAGGUGGUGGGGCUGCCGGAGGGCCACCGGGGGCGUCUGCAUCAGCGUCACCUGCGGGAGCCGGAUCCGUGCUCCGGGCUUGGGCGGCUGCUGGAUCACCGGCGGCGUGAGCUGCCCCUGCUCGCCAACGCAAUACCGACUAUAGAGGCAGAGGCAUAUGGAAUUGGGAAGAAAGAAAAGCCACCUUUCUUCCCAGAGGAGCCCUCUUCGUCUUCUGAAAAGGACGACCCUAUCCCAGACGAGUUGCUCUGUCUCAUCUGCAAAGACAUCGUGACUGAUGCCGCUAUCAUUCCCUGCUGUGCGAACAGCUACUGUGAUGAGUGUAUAAGAACAGCGCUCUUGGAAUCAGAGGACCAUACAUGCCCAACGUGUCAUCAACAUGAUGUCUCUCCCAAUGCUUUAGUUGCCAAUAAAGCCUUGCGACAGGCUGUUAAUAACUUCAAAAAUGGAACUGGUGGUUCUACAACAGGACUACGGAAACCGUUACCCCCACCACCACCGCCGAUACCGCCUCGGAGACCACUCCUUCAGCGGAAUCGACAGCCUCUGAUGAGAUCUCCAAUAUCAAGACAGCAAGAUCCUCCGAUGAUUCCAGUGGCGUCUUCAUCAGGCCACCCGGCUCCCUCUAUACCUUCGUUCACUUCUAAUCAGUCUUCCUUAGCCCCUGCUGCGCCUGGAAAUUCAUCUACCCCAGUGCCUGUACCCGAUGUAACUGCAACCGUCUCCAUAUCAGUCCACUUGGAAAAACCAGAUGGGCCUUUCCAGGAUUCCGAUCGUAAAAUAUUGCCGGCUGCAGCCCUCGCCUUCGAACAUUCAAAGGGAACCUCUUCAAUAGCAAUGUCUGCCCUUGUGGAGGAGAAAGGUUACCAGGUGCCUGAGCUCGGAACCCCAUCUUUGCUUGAACAGUCACCACCUGCUGGGGAAGAAUUCUACAGAGAGCAGCGACGGCUAAAAGAAGAGUCUCAAUAUCCCUACAGUGGUUCCGCAUACUCCAGAAGUCCUUCUGCCAAUUUAUCAGCACCUUGGGUAUCAUCAGGAGUGCAGACUGCUCACUCAAAUACCAUCCCAGCAGCACAAGCACCACUUCUGUCCAGGGAAGAAUUCUAUAGAGAGCAGCAACGGCUAAAAGAAGAGUCUAAGUCUAAAUAUCCCUACAGUGGUUCCUCAUACCCCAGAAGUCCUUCUGAUUACGCAAAAUCAAGACGUGGUUCAGGGCGCUCACGUUCUCAUUCUCGAUCACCUAGCCAUUCACACUCUCAUUCCUAUUCUCGAUCACUGCCAUGCCCCAGAACAGGCAGAGGCAAGAGUCGAAAUUACCGCCCAAGGUCUAGGUCUAGAUCUCAUGGAUAUCGUCGUCGAUCUAGGUCAAGGUCACCACUAUAUAGGCGACAUCCUUUGCGAUCAAGGUCCCCUCAAGCAUUUAGGGGACAGUCUCCAAAUAAACGCACUGUACCACAAGGGGAAACAGAACGUGAAUAUUUUAAGAGAUACAGAGACGUUCCACCACCCUAUGACAGAAAAGCUUAUGAUGGGAGGAGUGUUAACUUUAGAGACCCAUUUGUAAGAGAGCAUUACCGAGAAUGGGAGAGGAAAUACAGGGAGUGUAAUGAAAAACGCUACAAAGAUUAUGCUGCUGGAAAACAGCCUUGACCGUCAGCAAAUGGAGAGAACUUUUCUCCAGAGAGCUUUCUACCACUUCAUAUCAGGAAUUCUCCCCUUACAAGGGGCCGCAGAGAAGAUGGUUUGGGUGGCAAAAGUCGUAGAAGUAGAAGCGUAGGUGGUAGCAACCAUCCAGAAAAGCUUUCAACAAGAGACAGCCACAAUCAGAAGGAUAGUACAAAGUCAAAAGAGAAGGAGAGGGACAGUGCUGCAGGAGAUGGUCCAGGAAGUAAACACAGAUCUUCGAAGGUGGAAGAAAGCGAAGGCUUUCUAAACUCAGAGUUGUUGGAACCUUCUAGAAAAUCAAGAGAACCUACAACGAGCAUAGAAACCAUCACUGUUGACUUCCCUACGUUCGUCUUGGCCAGGCGCCGCCCUGGAGUCUUCAUCCUGUUCGAUGAGAACCACUCCGAGUUCAUCUGGCUGGAGGCAAAAUACUUCAUCCUGUUCGGCAGAGUCCAGAAAUCCUCCCAGAAGGUGGAGGCACCAUCCCCGCAGGCCUUCCUGGAGAUGCUCUCGAACAUUCAGUCCGUGCCCCCUAGGAGGAGCAGCUUGCAUGCACUUUGA